GGCGCUGGGCCACCGCGGGCUCCGCGUCAGCAGCUGCCCGGGAGCCAGGCCGGGUCGGCCGCGGGUUGGAGCAGCUCAGGUGCGGCCCCGCCCCGGCCCCCGGCGGCCCCGCCCCGGCCCAGGUGAGCGGCUCCGCCCCGGCCCAGAUCGUAAGAACAGUGUGUCCCAAAGAAGAACAUCUUUCAAGAAAUACAGUCCUUGGGGGUGAUAACAGAUCCACAAUGGAGAUUCCCCCGGCAUCCAAGCUCGGCGAGACCUUUGUGUUUGACGAUGGGUUGGAGAUGCAACAAGAACUUUUCCCGGAGGAGGACCUAGGGGACUCAUUUCUCCAGGAAAGAGGUUUAGAGCAAAUGGCUGUUAUCUAUAAGGAGAUCCCUCUUGGGGAGCCAAACGAGGAACAUGAUGAUUACGAGGGGAAUUUCAGUCUGUGCUCAAGCCCUGAUCAGCAUCAGAGCAUCCCCCAAGGAAACAAACCCCAGGACGAUGACAUAUUUGGCCAGACCUUCCUCCAGAAGUCAGACCUCAGUAUGUGUGAGUUCAUCCAUGGCGGAGAAGAACCCAGCAGACAGGACCAUGCGCUCGUGGGCAGGGAGGACUCGGGGCCCAAUGCACCUCUCAGAACUGCACAACCGCCGAAGCCCUACGCGUGCCGGGAAUGCGGGAAGGCCUUCAGCCAGAGCUCACACCUGCUCAGGCACCUGGUGAUCCACACCGGGGAGAAGCCCUACGAGUGCUGUGAGUGCGGGAAGGCCUUCAGCCAGAGCUCGCACCUCCUCAGACAUCAGAUAAUCCACACGGGGGAGAAGCCCUACGAGUGCCCGGACUGUGGGAAAGCCUUCCGCCAGAGCUCAGCCCUCACACAGCAUCGGAAAACCCACACUGGGAAGAGGCCCUACGAGUGCAGGGAAUGCGGGAAAGACUUCAGCCGGACCUCCAGCCUGAGAAAACACGAGAGAAUUCACACGGGGGAGAAACCUUACCAGUGUAAGGAGUGCGGGAAAUCCUUCAAGCAGAGCUCGGGCCUGAGCCAGCAUCGGAAAAUCCACACCCUCAAGAAACCUCACCAGUGCGAGCUCUGCGGGAAGGCCUUCUGCCACCGGUCCCACCUCAUCCGGCACCAGAGGAUUCACACUGGGAAGAAACCGUACGCCUGUGAGGAGUGCGGGAAGGCCUUCAGCCAGAGCUCCAACCUCAUCGAGCACCGCAAGACCCACACGGGCGAGAAGCCCUACAAGUGCCACAAGUGCGGGAAGGCCUUCAGCCAGAGCUCCUCCCUCAUCGAGCACCAGCGGAUCCACACCGGGGAGAAGCCGUACGAGUGCGGCCAGUGCGGGAAGGCCUUCUGCCACAGCUCCGCCCUCAUCCAGCACCAGAGGAUCCACACCGGGAAGAAGCCCUACGCCUGCAACGAGUGCGGCAAAGCCUUCCGGCACAGGUCGGCCCUCAUCGAGCACUAUAAGACCCACACCAGAGAGAAACCCUACGAGUGUAACAGAUGUGGCAAGUCCUUCAGGGGGAGUUCACACCUUAUCCGGCACCAGAAAAUCCAUGCAGGGGAGAAGCUCUAGAAGGAGGAGUUCACACCAAAGCUUGACAGCCUUUCCCCGGUGGAGUCGCUUUGUCUGCAGGGCUCUAUCCACCUGCCCGCCAACAGAGUUGACCCUGGGUGCUCCUGAGCACCCACACCAGCUGCAAGGGCCCCUCUUGGCCAGGCGCCCUGGGAUCAGCAGGUUUUCUGAGCACACAGAAGGGUAGGGGAGGGGGAUAGAAAGGCUGCCAGAACGGCUGAGCACCCGAAAAGAGAGGGGGCCUUCGAUUUUCUCAUUCUCCCCAUUUGACUACCAAGCCUGUGAGGUUCAGUUCUGCCCUCUAUUCCAGAAUCCAGAGGAGAAAUGACUGUAAGAGGGAGAAAUUUGAGUAGAAACCCAUGAGAAUGUCAGGUGAGAACUGUAACAACCGUUCUCACCGUUCACAUUAGCUAAAGAAAAAUGAAUCCAGAAAGUAGAUACCUCAGCCACCAAAUGGAAUCUUCUGCCUGGUUUGGGUCGUCCUUGCAGGGACAACCCAAACAGGUUCCAGAACAAAGGGAGUGUCUGGAAGGAUUAGGUUUGGGAUGGGGAGUGGGGGUGCGAGUCCCUGGUGUGGUCUCUGAAUCCUGUUCCGUGUUAGAGUGAGGGCGGUUUCUUUCAGGGAGAGGAGAGGUUCGGUCCUGCAGGCCAGAGCCCAGCUCUGACUCAGCCCAGGCCCAAGGCUUCAGUGCCUCCGGGAGUAGCCCCCCCACGACCCAGGGCUCCUAACACCGCAGCGUGCCUUGGCCAUCAGCAGGGCCCCUUACUGGUCCGGCAGCUAUGCAGCCUCCACCGCCAGUGCAGGGGCAGGCGGGGUGAUUCCAUCAGAGAUCUGGGUUCAGGUCUCAGGUCCAUCCCUCCUACCUAUGUGUCCACGAGGAAGCCCCAAGGCUCAGUUUUCCUGCCCGUGAAAUGGAGAUAGUGGGAUCUGGCCCCGUACCUCUAAGGACGGGUGCAAGGCUCCCAUUCAGAAUGAUAGCACACGUGAAAGUGCUCUGACAACUGGAGAUUGAGUAUGGAUACCCAGGGUGACCUCUGAGUGUCCCCUCCCCCCGGCCCCUCCUGGAAACACUGUCCCCGAAACCUGGAGAGGCAUCCCCAUCUGCUUCCUGACACGGCAGAGCCUGCAGCAGGCCCUCAUUAAACCAGGCCCUCCCACACGCCUCAGGCUCGUACCCUGGGCCGGGGGUGCCCUGUGUUUAUCUCACACAUGUUUCCUGGAAGCCAUCCUGAGCCUGCCUGUGGUGGUCAUCCAUGUCCCAUAUUUCUCUUGGUUCUCUCCCCCUCCCUACCCCCUCACCCCAGCCAACUGGUGUUCAUCUGGGACCAAUUCAGUGGGCAUCCCCAGAGGUGGGGCUCAGCGGUGUGUUUUUGAAGCUGCCAGGUGGUUAUGAUGUCCCAGCAUGCAUCUGGGCUGAGACAUAGUUAAUCAUGCAACCCUACAUCUCUCACAUGUCAGGCCUGCUUGCCCUGGCUGAGCAGAGCCUGAAGAUGGCCCAGGAACCACACACUGACAGGGCUGGCUAGCUGGUCACUGUUUGUCCCAGGCCCCCGGGCCUUCGUGUGCCCAUGAGGAUCCAGUGCUGGCACUCCCCCCAGGUUUCUCAGCUAGUGUGGGCGGAGGCAGUCUGGAAUCCCACGAACCUACCUAUCGUGGUAAAGCUGGUUAUUUCAGCCAAUCAGAAGCUCAGCUCGGCGGAUAUGUGUAGUUUUGAUGAGUAAAAUGGGUGAGCCUCCCUGGCUAGUUUUCUCAGUGGUUAGGGAGUCUGCCCUCAGACCAAAGAGUCACAGGUUCGAUUCUGGUCAAGGGCACAUAUCUCAGUUGUAGGCUCAAUCCCUGGCCCCCCAAUCUGUGUAUGUGGGAGGCAACCAAUC